AUGAAGGUCUUCUCAUCUACCUGCGACUUCGACUACUCCUGGGAGGAGGUGUCUACGGCAAACUGGCGCAAGUAUUGCCCCUGGAACGACAAGGCAACCCACGUUGUCGGUGUCGACACUCUCUCCCGGACUAUCGACCCCUCGACCGGAAUCCUGCGUACUGAGCGUCUGAUUACCUGCAACCAAUCUGCACCACAAUGGGUUGUCACCCUUCUCGGCGGAUCUACGACUUCCCACGUCUACGAAGUUUCCUACGUCGACCCCGUCUCUAAGAAAGUCACCAUGUGCUCCAACAACCUGACAUGGUCGAAUGUCCUCAACGUCCGUGAGACCGUUACCUACCAGCCAUCAUCAUCCGCCACCACCCAGUUCACUCAGGAGGCGAAGAUUACCGCUCUCUGCGGCGGAUGGCAAAAGAUCAAGAACAAGGUCGAAGAGGCUAGCGUGGAACGAUUCAAGGAGAACGCCAUUAUCGGCCGCGAAGGAUUUGAAACAGUCCUCGAGAUGAGCCGCCGAGUCUUUGGCGAACAACGCGAUCUCGAGAAGCAGAAGCUGUAG